AAGAUAGCCCAGUACUGAUGACAAAGUGGUCUAGAACAACUAGAAAGUCUUGCGCCAAGAACAACCUGGAUACUACGAUGUUUUGGAGCUAGAAGAUGUCCUCGAUUCGAGUUAGACUUAUUUUUGAGCGGCCUCUCGUGAAAAAUCCGGAACAAUGUUGGAUGCUCGUAGACAGAAAUUCGUGCAAGAUUGUAAGAGAUUUGGAGUAUUUGAUCGCUAAGAAAUUCUUCGUGUCAGGUCACACUAUCCUAGAUUUAUAUCUGGAUCAUUUUCUCCUCCCGUCCCAGGAAAAAAUCGACGUUAUUAGAGAUAAUGAUGUUAUAAGUGUAAUUGAGGAUAAAAGUCAAAUUUCAAACAAUGAAAUACAAAGAAAAACAAGCAUCAAAGAAAAGAUAAAAAAUUCAAAAAAAAGAAAGUGUGAUGAUAGUUCUGAUUUGAAACGAAAAAUUAAAAAGGCCAAACAUUCAUCUGAAAAUAACACUGACAGUGAAAAACUGCUUGACUUACACGUAGUAGCCCAGGCUAAAUCAGACUUGCACACAACUAAAGAUUCUGUGGUGAAUAAAAUGGGCAAGAAUAAAAGCAAAGAAAAUGCUGUAGGAAAAAACUCAAUGCUCAUGGAAAGUUUACGCAUUGAAGCAAAGGGAAAACUGAGAAAAUAUAAAAAGAAACAGAAGAAGACAACAUUAAAAGGGAAAGACAAAUCAGUUUCAGAGAGAUUGAACAACUUCUGGGAGAAGGUGGCGAGUGGUUGUCAACAAUGGAAUCCAUCAUUUGGUGGCAAAAAAACAGCUGAAAAGGAAGCAGCACAAACUGUUAGUAAUGGUGGGAAAGAUAUUGGUGUUAUAUUGGAAGAGACAUCUGAUAAGGCAGGGGUGGAAAAUGGGACAGCAAGUCAAAUACCAGAAAACAAUUAUGAUUUGUUUUCCAAGAGAUAUGCAACCAAGGAGACAACAAACAAAGCAAAAAAUGAUAUUCCUCGGACAAAUCAAGGCAGCCACAUCAGAUUUGACAACGAUGAGGAUGAGUCCACUGACUUGAUGAACAAUGCAGUUCAACCCAUGAUACAUCCGCGAGUUUUGACCAUACGCGAAGCUGAAAUACCCACCUCAAAUAACACGCCAAAUCUAUCUCCCAUCGAGCCAGAUAAUCCUCACCUUAACUUUUCCACCGCGAAACCUGCAAAUGCAAAAGAUGUCGUAGGAAAUAGGACUGGCGGUUCGGGUAAAAAGCCAAAGAGAGGAAAAGGAGAUCAUAGAAAGGAUUCUUACACUAAUAAAAGUCUGAUUUUGGAAAGCACAAGGGUGUGGAAAGAUGGUCAAACUAAGAAUUCCCAACCGGCCACCGUGAACGUUUCAGAAAAAGAUUUUUCAAGUUAUCCAUUGUUGCAUGGUCCUCCGAGAGUUGGCGAUACCAUAGCGUUCAAGAUGAUUGAACUUUCCCAAUCGUACACUCCAGAGAUAUCAAGAUAUAAGGAAGGGAAAGUUUUGUCCUUUGAUUCGCCAUCCCAAGUUUUAAAACUGAAGCUCACAAAAGAGUCUCUAACAAAAGUAAAAGGUGACGGCCAUGUUUCAUCAAAGUUUGAAAUAUUUGACAACGACAUCGAAGACGAAGAAGUAAUGGAGGAAAUACAAGAUGAGGUUGAACUGCAGUGGACGUCCAUGAUUGAAACGAGACUUGUGGAUUGUGAUAGGGCAGUAUCGUAGUCGUAGAGCUCACUUGUCAAUCAGCAUCUGGAAGCGAGGUUUAGUCCCUCGUCGUACGAGUUAAAUCAUUUACAAUGCCUUGAGAGACGGACUGGAACCAGUUAAACCAGUUCUACGCGGGAACUCAAACUCAUGUAUCAUUCUUGGACCAUUCUUAGACUGACAAAAGCUCUCACGACAUGACGAAUGGGGGGCGGUUGGGGGUGUGUACUGGCGUUAAAUUUAAGCCUCUCUCUGCUCCUGCGAAGAAAGAAAUUAUCGCUAAAUACCCGUUGCUACAAGCCUUUCAUUGCGUUUCCUUUGGCUCAGCAGGACUCCACAAGGCUUCUUUUGUCAAACGGAAGGCUUUCGGAAGAUUUACGAAUAACUCGGAACAAGGAAUUGGGUCAUAACUUAGUUUACACUCACUCUUUGUUUCAUGAUUUAUUUUACGUUCGUAAAAGCACUAAUACAGCUUAGACGAAAAACUAGAAUUUACACCUGUUGAGGCUAUAGUUUCACUGACACCCUGCUGCUUUCAACGACACUUCGAACAGAGCCAUGCAGGUUUCUUGUAACGGGUAAUUGAGCACUGCCAUCAAUCUUUCUGCGUUGAACGUUGUUAUUUCAUUGAGUCAAGAAUAUCCUUCUCUCUUAACAAUUUUUUGUUUCAAUGUUUCUCAUGAUAAGCCGUUUUUUAGUUGCUUUGAACAUUAAAGUUUUGGUAAAACAAUA